AUGGCUCACUCCUCGGCCGCCAACAGCCCAGGCUACCCAACAUACGCAGUUCCUCUGGCUGGUGGAAAGAGGAAGCGGGAUACUGCGAACAGCCAGUCAGAAUCGGCUGAACCCAAUGCGACUCCCAUCGCAGCGCGUUCAAAGCGGAGUCGCCCAAACGAAAAGGAGUACAACGCCAAGUACAUGGCUGAGAUGUGCUUCAGCGCGUAUAAGGCGCGCUUGCACAUCGCCGGCUAUAUGCAGUAUACUGCUGACGUUGCGAACGACUGGCGAGAGGAUCUUGUCGAGUUGUUCAGCCACGCCGCGUUGAAAGGAACCAUGAAGCGGAAUGCCGCCGCUCGUCAUGUCAUCCCUCGUCUGACAACUCUCGUCCCUCAAAAGAACGAAAAGAAGGGCGCGCUUGUGAAGGACUUUGCGAAGCACUACGAGACUGUGCGAAAUGACAUGAUGGUCAUCGACAGAGUCAUGGAAAAUGGCUUCAAGGUCAACGAACAAUCCAUCGUCGAAGUACGCGAGUGUCUCAACGGCCUACACUAUGUUCUCGCCAAAGGAGAGCAGUGGCGUAACGUCAUGCCUUACACACCACUGCCAAGGUACCGGCUUCGAGCUCUCCGCGACCUGAUAAAGUACUCACGACCGCACCACCUCCUCGUUGAUCUGGUCACCAACAUUGAAGACAUGGAAGGCUGGCUCAGCCCACCACCUGCGAGUUUCAACUUUCCGACUGGUUCAAUCGACGAGACACUGGAGACGUUGCGGAAAGCAACCGAGGACAAGAUUGCAAAGACCAGCAUCGGCCCCAACGCACAGCAGAUGGCAGAAUACCGAGCGCAAAAGGCCGAAGCCCUGCGUCUGCAGAAAGAGGAACAGGCCCACCAACAAGAGAAGGAACGACUUGACGAAGUCCAGCGAGUUCAAGCAGAGCGAGAUCAACUGAAGCAACAGAUCAAGUCGCUCGGGAUGACCGCCGCAAAAGAACGCGCUCAAGAGAGUGUGAAGAAGGUCGCAGAAGCUGCAGCAACGGCUCAACGCGAUAAAUCGUACCAGGAUCAGAUUGCGCAACAAACAACUGAGAUCAACAAGCUCAAAACCGACCUAAGCAACCUGUCUGCUAAGCAGGCAGCCCAAACUAAGUCCGAUGCCACUACGACAUUGUCACUUCCAGUUACUGCAGGACAGAUUGGCACUUCAAUGAACUCUUCUUUCAGUAGCAAUCAGACUGCCAACAGUAGCUUCUACCAGCCAAAGAGCUCUCUAGGCACUUCCUUCGGAAGCUCUAUAAAUGGUGGGUCGUAUGGGCAGCUCGGUUCAUUCGGCCAAGUUUCACAUCAUCCUACGCCGAAAGACGACGACGUCCAAAUGACGGACGCUCGACGGGUUGAUAGCUCGCAGCAACACCCUAGCUUUGGUCCGUUCGAUCCUUCCACGAUAAUUACACGCGGUGUGGGCCAGUCAACCCCCUUCAAUGCUCGAAUCACCAAUGGCGCUCCCUCACAUCCCUUCGGAAUAUCAGCCGACGACGGCAACUUCAAGGCGGCUUGCCCAGCAUACAAGAACGGUACCUGCACAUUAGGCAGGAGUUGCAAGCUACCCCACAUCGCAUGCAAUCACCUGCCGGGUGAUUCAAAUCCUUUCGGUGGGCAGAUGAAGAAAAAUGGGCGAUCUACCUUGCAACCCAAGCAGCAAGAUCAGACUUUUGGCUUCCAAACUAGCAACAGCAAGAAUCCGUUCGGCCACGCUCCACCACCAGCGCCAGCAGUGCGCAAACCGACACUUGCUGAUCGGGUAACAAGGGGUGACCAGCCCACCUCUUUUGAUAACCAAACGCCAUUUGGUUACCAUCUCCCACCAACGGGCCCCCGAGGAAACCGUUCACUCGCCGACAGGAUAACAAAGAACGAUCAACCCAUGCCACAUCAACCUCAACAUCAGCCUUCUACCAUUCGCAUCGAACAAUCCCUAGAGGACAUCAUCAAUGCAUCUGGAUCGCGCAGGGACGAAAAACAGGCAAAGCCGCUCCAGUCAGAGACUCUCUACAUCAUAAACCACAUCCAAGCCAUCCAACAAAACUGGUUCAUCCACCCCGCGACCCCCGAAGAGCCCAUCCUCCCCGCCUCUCUCCUCGCCGGCGUCCCAAUCAACUGCCUCCCAGCCCCGAUUAUCCAAGCCAUCCACGAACUCUCCACCCUAACAAUCGGCCAACGAGACCGAGCGCACAACCUCCUAAACACCUACUUCCAAGCGCGCAUUCGCGAAGGCUCAUACAGUGGCAAGUCCCAAAAGAUCUUCGCUAUUCUAGAAAUCAGCGAUGUGAAAAAAGCAUGCGAGAGUUUGCGGAGAAUGAGCCGAGGACGCGAAAUGCAAGGCCCCGUUCCAAUCAAAGAAGACGAAACAAGGAAGAGGAAGUACUCUAUUAGACAGGAGAUGAAUACCGUUACUGAGGAUGAAGAAGACGAAGACGCACAAAGAUUAGCGAAACGACUGAAAGAUGAACUUUGCGUCAUCUCCGAAGACAACAACGAGCCCAGCACGCCAAUCUGCAUCAACUUCGAUGAUAUACCCACGCCCCCGGAUUCACAAGCUACGAUAACAGCAACACUUCCUUCUACAACUACCACACCACAGACCCAGCGCCGCUCCCGUCCCCCUCCGAUUGUCAUUGCUGAGAUACCCACGCCUACAGCUACAUCCCCUGGUAUCGUCCCGCCGUUCUCUUCCUUCACGCCCCUGUUCAAUAGCCUAGCCCGGGAGUUUGGCGGAGAUCCGGAUACGCCUUGUCCGGUGCGACAGAACACGUACCAGCCCUCACAACCAGAUCUCCUUAAUAGCUAUGACAGUGGGAACGGCAACGGGAACGAGAAUGGAAACGAUAAUGCAAACGGCACUCUCUUCGAAUCAUACAUGCGCGAUACGUAUCCAGCGCCGAGAAUAGAUCCUCGUGUCCAGGCAGCGCAGAGAGCGACGCAUGAGUUUAACGUGAGGAGGAUGGAGGUGAUUGAGGCGCAGAGAGUGUUUGAGGAGGCGAGGAGGAGGUUUGGAGAGGCGAAACGGAGGAUGGAAAGUGUGAGGGGAGGGGCGGUGUGGCGGUGA